AUACACUCUCUAAAAUAGUUCUGACCGACACUUUAUAUGUCUGAUGUCAUAUGUUUAAGAGUGUCUGACAUCGAUACAAAGUAUUUUAUAUGAUAUUUUUUUUAAAUUAUUAAUGAUAUUUAUGAAUCAAUAUUGUGUGUGAUGUCUGAAUCGACCCCGAUAAUUCAUUUCUAGGAAUGAUCGAGGGAGGGACCCAUUAAUUUUCUUUAUUUAUAGUACUAACAAUAUGUACUUCCAUACUCUUCUUCCAUGUGCACCUUUCUCUGAGUAGUCCAUCACUCUCAUUCACUCACACCCAGCAUUUAUACACACAUACUCAUAAUUCUGAUUUCUGCUUAAAAAUUUAAGUUAACUACCCUUCUUCAUGGCUUUUCAACCCAUGUUUCUCUUUUCUAUUUUAUUCUUUAUUGUUCCUCCAAACAAUGCCUACUGGCCACCUUCACCUGGCUACUGGCCAAGUUCCAAAAUCAAGCCUAUGAGUUUCUACAAAGGCUAUAGAAACCUUUGGGGACCUCAACAUCAAUACAUGGAUCAACAUGCAUUAACAAUUUGGCUUGACAGAACCUCGGGUAGUGGAUUCAAGUCGGUUCGACCAUUUCGAUCCGGAUACUUCGGUGCUUCAAUUAAGCUUCAUCCUGGCUACACUGCAGGAGUUAUAACAGCUUUUUAUCUCUCUAACAGUGAAGCACAUCCAGGAUUUCAUGAUGAGGUAGACAUUGAGUUUCUAGGAACAACAUUUGGAAAGCCUUAUACUUUGCAGACAAAUGUUUAUAUAAGAGGAAGUGGUGAUGGCAAAAUUAUAGGCAGAGAAAUGAAGUUUCAUUUAUGGUUUGAUCCUACCAAAAAAUUUCAUCACUAUGCUAUACUAUGGAAUCCUAAGGAAAUAAUAUUCUUAGUGGAUGAUGUGCCCAUAAGGAGGUACCCAAGGAAAAGUGAUGCAACAUUUCCACUAAGACCAAUGUGGGUUUAUGGUUCAAUUUGGGAUGCUUCAUCAUGGGCAACAGAAGAUGGAAAAUACAAAGCUGAUUACAAGUACCAACCUUUUGUUGCAAAGUACACCAAUUUCAAGGCCAGUGGUUGCUCAGCUUACGCGUCGCGUUGGUGCCGUCCAGCCUCGGCCUCGCCGUAUCGGUCCGGCGGGUUGACCCGACAACAACAUUGGGCUAUGAGUUGGGUUCAAAGACGCCACAUGGUUUAUAACUAUUGCCAAGAUUCCAAAAGAGAUCAUAGACUAACACCUGAAUGUUGGGGUUAAAAUGUCAAAAAAAAAAAAAAGGGAAUAAAUUUAGGGAUGAUUAUUUAGGUCCCUAAACAAUUUGAUGGUGUAAUUUAUUGUGUUGUUGUCUUAGAAUUAUUUUUCUUAAGACACUCUUCAUUUUAUAAUGUUACUAUCUUUCUUACUA